AUGUCAAAUAAAAGUGCACAAGAAUAUAUUAAUCAAAAAUACCCAAUAAAUGGAACAUGUAAUAGAAAAGCUGAUCCAGAAAACAAGGGCAAAAGACGCGAAGAAAUAACCAAAUUAGAUAUUAGCAAAGGAAAAACUGGCAACGAAAACUUAUUUAAUAAAGAACACAAAAACCUAUUUGGUGACUUAAAAUUAGAAGGAUUUACUAAUUUGAGAAUUUUUAAAAUCUCCUCUCAUCAAUUGAUUAGUUUGGAUGUUAGCGCGUGUAGAAAUCUAGAAGAGUUAGACUGUUGUGAAAAUGAACUUACUAAAUUAAAUAUAAAUGGUUGCACUAAACUCAAAAUAAUCAAUUGUACCAAUAAUUCUGGUUUAACCGAAAUAAAUAUAAAUAAUUGCCCAAGCCUUGAUAGAAAACAAUCGAAGACAGAUCUUACAUGCAAAUUAGUAGUGAGAGAUCAAUUAGUAGUGAAAAGGUUACCAAAACAAAAGAGUUCUCAAAAUUUUAAACAAGAAAGAAAUGCCUAUGGUAAACAAGAAAGAAAUGCCAACGGUAAUCAAGAAAGAAAUGCCAACGGUAAACAAGAAAGAAAUGCAAACGGUAAUCAAGAAAGAAAUGCAAACGGUAAACAAGAAAGAAAUGUCAACGGUAAUCAAGAAAGAAAUGUCAACGGUAAUCGAGAAAGAAAUGCCAACGGUAAACAAGAAAGAAAUGCAAACGGUAAUCGAGAAAGAAAUGCCAACGGUUAUCAAGAAAGAAAUGCCAACGGUUAUCAAGAAAGAAAUACCAACAAAGGAAUUGAAAAAGAAUUAUAUGCAAAAUGGGACUAUCUAAACCAAUUGCAAUUUAAAUUGUCACUGAAGCUCACAGAUAAUUUAGGAAAAAUCUUAACUAAAUAUUUUUUAAAAAGCCAUAGAAUGAUCUUAGAAGAAAGAGAUGUUAAGGGUUAUUUUAACAAAAACUUAACCGAUUUAAGAAAUGGGUUAGGAUCAGAUACACAAGGUCAUAAAAUACUUGAUCAAAUACUGUCUGUGCAAAAGGAAAUAAUUGAUCUGGAAAACGAAUUAGGAUCUACGACGACAUCACAAGUUGGAUCACUUCCGCCACCUCCGCCUUAUAAUUAUGCUAUUCAAAUAGAAGUUUCAGGAAAUAAUUAUAACGCCUUAGAAGUUUCAGAAAAUAUUUAUAACGCCUUAUAA